AUGUCACAGUACAACGGCCUCACUGAUCCCUUCAUCCAUAUGGACACCUUCAACAAAGUCACUAACCACAAGGGAUUCGAUGACGCCACCCUCUGCCACUUAUUCAGUGAGACGUUGGAUAGUGAGGCAAUGAGCUGGUUCUUCGAGUGCCCACCAGGAUCCAUCGACCCAUUCCAUGCACCAUCAAACGCUGUCCUGUCGCGGUUCAUCCUAUUGGCCGCCGAACAUCACAACACUAGCCAAUUGUUUAGCGUCAAACAGGGCGCAGAGGAAACGCUAAAGGCAUUUGUCACUAGGUGGAGAGCAGUGGCAUCUCGGUGCCGCGAUCUUGAUAAAACAAUGGCACUGGUAGCCUUUAAGCAAGGACUCCUAAAGGGACCAUUUCUCUAUCAUCUCAACUACAAUUAUCCAAAUGUCGCAUAUGACCACGUCAUAAGAGAGGCCGUCCUCCACGUGCUGGCAGAAUUCAUCACAUACGGAGAAACCCCACCACCUCCGCCAACGCCAGCAAAGUCCACUCGGCCUUCCUCCAACCAGCAGGAGACCACUAACAAAACCCCUGCCACACCGCUGACUGACAAAAAGAGAGAGUGGCAACAAAACAACUACCAAAGCAAGCGGCAAAAGGACCAACAUUACCACAGCAAGAGCAAUCGCUCAUCCCACGGGGAUAACCGUAGCAAACAGACGGAGUCCUUCAAGCAGUAUGCAGUGUUAACAGUCCUCACGGCCUCGUAUGAAGAGAUAUACGAUCAAUGCAAGGACCAAAUCUCACCGCCACCACCAAGAAAAUACCCGAGGAUGGGAAAACCGAGGAACACCUGCAAGUGGUGCAAGUACCACGAGGACAGCGGUCACAACACAACCAAUUGCAAUGCUCUGAAAACGGCAAUCAAGACUUUGUAUCGAGAUGGCAAACUGGAACAGUUCAAGGUACGAUAA